AUGGCUCGCUUCACCAGCAUCGCUCUCUCCAUGGCCUGCGCCAUUGGCUACGUCUUCGCCAGCUCCGGCGACAUGACCUACUAUGCCCCAGGCCUUGGCUCCUGCGGCGAGACCAGCAACGAGUCUGAUGCCGUCGUUGCUCUUGCACCAGGCCAAUUCAGCGGCAGCAACCCCUGCGGCAAGAAGAUCACCAUUACCGCCAAAGGCAAGACUGCUUCUGCUACCGUGGUCGACAAGUGCCCCGGAUGCUCUGAGGAUUCCAUCGAUGUCUCGCCAAGCGUCUUCGAGAAGUUGGCUAGCUUGGAUGACGGGCGUGUCAAGAUUGAGUGGGAAUUCUCUUAA